AGGAGGAAGAAGAAAUGUUUUCCUGUAUUUCUAAUGUUUUGAAAUAGUAAAUUUUUACAGAAUGGUUCCUUUUUAUUACAAACUUGCAACUGUUGAGAGGAUAUUUGACCGCAUAAAGAUUUCACAUCAAGCAAUUUGUUCACUAAAUAACAGAAAUAAGUCGGUAAAGUAUUUGUUUUAUACUAUUACAUGUUUAAUCUAAACAGCAUGAUUGGACCAAAAGUCUUGAUAAUCAUCAUGUGGAUAAUGACAGGUGCAGUAAGCAACAAGUGGGAAAUUAAAAUGCCUCGACAUAUUGAUGCAAUAAGUGGUUUCUGUGUUCAAAUCCCCUGCAAGUUUGAUAUUCCAGAGUCAUAUACAAAGCACCUGAACCAAUCUGUUGGAGCAAUAUGGAGGAAAACCGAGGCAACCAUUGGACAAAUUGUGUUUAGUUCAAAAAGCAUGACAUCUGUCCUCAACGGCACAGUAACAGGCAACCUCUUAAGCAAAAAUUGCACAACUGUGUUUCAAAACUUUCCUGUUGGAUUCAAUGAUACGUAUUUCUUCAGACUUCAAGGCCCCGAACCCCUGAUGUACACAUUUACAGAAGGCGUGUACAUCAACACACAUGCAGGCUUACUCGCUCCUAAUCUGAGUCCUAAUACUGAUGUGCUGGAAGUUCAAGAGGGCAACAAUAUAACACUGACUUGCUCUAUUAUACUGUCAUGCCCCUCACAGCAUCCUACGAUGCACUGGAGCGUAAUACUGGGACAACUAAUACAUCCAACCAUACAGGUGGAUGAAUUUGGACAGUCAGUGUUGGUUUCCUCUCAGAUGUUCAAUGCAACAGCUUUAAAUGACCGACUUCGAGUGUCCUGCUCUCUUGUGUACCUCUGGCAGGGUGUCAGAACAUCGGUCGAGACCAGCAUUACUCUUAAAGUGUUGCAUGCCCCCCAAAACACCAUAGCCAUGGCAAGUCCAUCCGGUCCAGUGUAUGAAGGCAACAUAGUAACAAUGAGAUGCCAAAGUAAAGCCAACCCUCCUGUCCAGCGUUAUGAGUGGUUUAGAGAAAAAGAAGAUGGGACAUUAGUGUUAAAGGCACAUGUACCAAUUCUGACAAUGACUGUCAGCAGUAAUGUUCUGGGUCGGUAUGUUUGCAAGGCUUACAAUAUUUAUGGGAUCGACCAAUCGGCACCAGUUGCUGUGGAGCUAAAAAGUUGCCACUGUACCAUUGUACCUCACAUCAUGUGUGGAGUCCUCGCAUGUUUAUUAUUUUUCAUUACUGCAGUGGAUUGGGUCAAACACAAAAGCUUGUUGAAGAGAUUUAAGGUUGAAGAUAUGAGAGGAUCCAUGACAUAUACCACCCUCCAAAGGACCAAUGACACCUCCGUUUACAAUGAAAUACAGACAAGGCCCAGAGCAGCCGAGGAGGACUAUGAAAAUAAAAACUGGGUCAAACAGGAUCCGGAAACAAUGUGAUGGGGAAGAUUUAAAUUCCAAGCUUGUAUCAUGUUUCCAUUCACAUAUUUUUGUUGUGCAUCAUUCAUUUCCCAUAAAGCUGUACUUUUGCCAAA